UUUUGUUUGGGUCGUCCACCAUUUUCGGUUAGGCAAGCAAGCAAGCAAGCGUAAGCUACUUCGCAGGUUGUUGAGGUGCGAGCAGGUUUAAUACAAUCUCUUAUAAAAAAAAAAGUGUCCGGGGAGGUUCGAUCUCUUUGGCUCUCAACCGGAGCAGACAUGAAGGCGCACCCUCUAGUUGUGUGUCUGGUGCUAGCCGUGUUCGGUUCGGCUUUCUGUGUUGAUGACGGUUCCGACGCGCAAUUGAUUGGGGCUCCGGGAGCCAUGGCCCGCUUGUCUGAGUCGGACCCCGGUGUUCUGAGAGCGGUUAAAUUCGCGGAGGAGCGCUACAACAUGGGAUCUAACGGCAUGCAUAUCCGCAGAGUCAGUCGCGUGAUAUCAGCCAGCAAACAGGUGGUGAAGGGCAUCCGUUACAGCAUCACCGUGGAGAUCGGGAACACGCAGUGCAAGAAGACGGCCGAGCUCAGUGUCACUGACUGUGAGUUUGUUCCAGAGCCCCACAAGCUGAAGACGGAGGUGUGCCUGUUCGAGGUCUGGGAUAUCCCCUGGCAAAGCAAAUACACACUGCUCAAACAGAAGUGCCAGCCUUCAGUGGCUCCUCAGGAGAUCAGGAAGGUUGUGGCUGUGCCCCUCUCUGUAAACAGGCCCUCCCAGGAGUCUGUGGAGCUGUUGACUCAGUUCAAAGACUUCAUGGAGAAAUAUAACCGCUCUUACAGCGGUCAGGAAGAGGCCGAGAGGCGUCUGCAUAUCUUCCAGGAGAACAUGAAGACCGUGCAGGUCCUGCAGUCCCUCGAGGAGGGAACCGCUGAGUAUGGGGUCACCAAGUUCAGUGACCUCACAGAGGACGAGUUCAGGACGAUGUACCUGAAUCCUCUCCUGAGUCAGUGGUCUCUGCAGCGCCCCCUAAAGCCCGCAGCAGGCGCGCGCGACCCCGCACCAGACAGCUGGGACUGGAGAGAGCAUGGAGCGGUCAGCGAUGUGAAGAACCAGGGAAUGUGUGGCUCCUGCUGGGCCUUCUCAGUCACAGGGAACAUCGAGGGCCAGUGGUUCCUGAAAACUGGCAAACUUCUGUCCCUUUCUGAACAAGAGCUGGUGGAUUGUGAUAAGGUGGACCAGGCGUGUGGGGGCGGGCUUCCAUCCAAUGCCUACGCUGCCAUUGAGAACCUUGGUGGGCUGGAGACGGAGACGGACUACACCUACACAGGACACAAGCAGAUCUGUGAAUUCUCCACCGGGAAGGUGGCCGUUUACAUCAACAGCUCCGUGGAACUGCCCAAGGAUGAGAAAGAGAUUGCUGCCUGGUUAGCAGAGAACGGCCCAGUGUCCGCUGCACUCAAUGCUUUUGCCAUGCAGUUCUACAGGAAAGGCAUUUCACGCCCUUUGAAGCUCUUCUGUAACCCAUGGAUGAUCGACCACGCCGUCCUGCUGAUUGGCUAUGGAGAACGUAAGGGAGUCCCAUUCUGGGCCAUUAAGAACAGCUGGGGCGAGGACUACGGAGAGCAGGGCUACUACUACCUGUAUCGCGGAAAAGGGUUGUGUGGCAUCGACAAAAUGUGCUCCUCUGCGGUGGUCAACUAGAACACACACACACACACACACACACACACACACACACACACACACACACACACACACACACACACACACACACACACACACACGAAAACAUACAGACACAGACAUGCAUACACAGCACACAUAUGUUGAUCUCUGACAUAAUGCUAUCCAUUGUGAAGCGUGUUGGGUGGCGGUACUGUAAGACAUGAAUGCCUCCACCCAAAUAGAACACAAAACCGUUACACUCAAAUUACACACCCCGAUCAGGCCCUACCUCUAGACAUCUUACCUGAGGACUUACCUGAGUUCUCACCUGAAGACUGACCUGGGGUGCGAUUUCCUCUGCACACACCACAGGUCCUAAAGCCCGCUCUUUCACACAUAGGUUGCACAUGUGUCAAGUUAGGAUCUCCUAUCCGUUAACACUAAGAAACCUGCUGUAUUUUGUGUCUGAUUAUGUGAAUAGUUUUACCUAAGCCUCACUUGUGUUUGAAGUUUGAAGUUGCUAAGUUUUAAUUUAAUCUAAUCGGUAUAACAUCAUAAAUGUUUUAAAAUGCUUUUCCCCUAGAAACUACUGCAGUGAUGUGGUGAUCAUAUGUAUUCACCCAAGUGAAAAGAGGGGUUUUCUGCAACAUGUUUGUUUGUUAUGUGUCAUACUAGGUCCUUGAGGCAUUAUAAGGGACAGUAAUACAAAGAGGUCUGCAACUGCAGAAUUUACUUUGUUUCUGAUAUCAGUGUUGUCUUUACGUUACAUAAAAAUACUCAUAGAAAUCAUUCCGUUAUUUCUUUAUACCUCUGAGCUAGCUAGCAAGUUCACACAAACACACACACACACACACACACACAUACUGACUUUAAGUGCUACUUUUGAGGCAGACCUUGAGUUGGGCACAGGGAGUAAGUAACACACAUCUGAAAACUGAAAAGAACACUUUUUGCGCCAUUUGUACAUCAUGUCCAGUAGCCUUGUGUCUGAAAGGUAAUAAAACUCUGCUCCCC